GGCGUCGAGAACCAACAGGAAGUGGACGUGUUGGUUUUUGUUAUUCACAUUUCCUACCAAGUUACCUUCGACAAACUCGUUUUUCUCAAUGACUGCCAACAAACGGCCAGGUGCUUCGUUUGUGUUCACUGGUUGCUAUGUUAGCUAGCUAGCUAUGUGAUCUGGCUGAUGAUGGCUGGCUAGCAAACUAUUACAGCCUGCUGUACCAUGUUUAUUUUCUGACUAGCUACUGUACUGAUAUACGCACUUGAACUUUUUACUUUUUUUAAUGUUCUCCACACUGAUAACAUGACUACAUAAUCGGAUACCAUUUGCAAUCUAAAACAAAAGUCAGUUAGCGCUGUGAUCACGUCGUCAUCAUGUCCAUCGACUUUGAUAGUGCUGCACUACAAACUCAACAUGAGGAAGAGGAGUACGACCCGGAGGACUAUGCAAGGGAACAAGAGCUCCACAAGCUGCUGACAGACCUCCCUGAUGACAUGCUGGAGGACAGCCGGGACUGCUCCUCCCCAGAACUGGACUCUCCCUGCAACCAGACAGACGCACGCAACAGACAACAGCCCACGUGGAACCAACCGCUAAAUGGAUGGUCAGAUCACCAAACGCCAGCCUCACACGAAGAGCACUACGAGGAAGACUACGAGAACGCGUCCUACCAUGACGAGUACCCAUAUGAGAGUGAGACUGUUGCUGGGCAGAUAAACGGCCAUGCCGGUAACCCUCAACAGGGUUAUCCUCUUGCCCCAACCUGGGACCAGCCAGAACAGGAGUACCAGCAGGACUACCAGCCGUUCGACCCUGGUGAGGGUUUUGCCUACACCGGCGUGAGCACGGAGCAGUCUUUAGCCACCGACCGUGAUUUGUCAGUGGAGGACGGGUAUGCAGGUGAGCCGUACCCACACGGAAGUGCCGCCCCCGGGGCGGAGUACCAACAGAGGACAGGGGUGCUGAGGGACGUGCAGCGCCACGCUGGCGCUCAAAACAUUCCCAGAAAACAUUUCCAGAAAUUCACCAGUGAAGCAUCCGGUGACCAUUAUAAGGCCAGCUACAACCCAUACCAGCUUGACAGCCAGGCCAAGAUGUUCAACACUGAGGUCCCCCUCCAGCACCAAGAUGGCAACUUCGAUCAGCUGCAGAGGGAAUUCCUGGACUCUGCACAGAAGACGGCCGAUAGUCAGCAGCUAGCCCAGAUUCAGAUCCUGAACAAGGCCCAGCUGAGACAGAUCGAAGACCUAGAGAGGAAACUGGAGGACUCUAGACGCAGCGUGAGAUACCUGGAGCAUCAGUUUGCCAUUGUGAAAGAUGAGAAGGAGGGCCUUGGGGUGAGUCUGAAGGAGUCCGGCCGGUUGCUGGAGGACGCCCAGGAGAGAGAGGUGCAGCUUCAGGCUAGCAUCAAGACUCUGGAGCUGCAGGUUCAGGCUCUGAAUGACCGGGAUCACGAGAAUGUGAAGAAUCAGCGAGCAGCGGAGGCAGCGGUAGACAGCCUGCAGCAGCAGAUGGCUGAGCUGUGUCGGUCGGAGAGCCUGGCGCGCGUCAGAGAGCAACAUGACCGGGACCUCACGGUGGUCCGCGAGCAGCACGACGCCAAGCUGUUGGUCCUGCAGCAGAGGCUGGACGCCGCUGACCGGGCCCUGGACGAACAGGCGGUGGUGGUUGAGCGUCUGCAGGCUCAGCUGAAGCAGCAGGAGAGGCAGCGAGAGGAGGAGCAGGUGGAGAAGGCCGGCGUGGUCAACUCUCUCACACAGUGCCUGGAGGACAGCCAGCGGAGGUGUGCCGGCCUGCUUCAGACCGGUUCAGUGCAGGAGAUGGGCCAGCUGCAGGUCAAACUACAGCAGAGCCUCUCAGCCAAGACCAUGACCGACAACAUGAACCGGGCCUUGCAGGAGGAACUGUCUGACCUGAAGGAGCAGAUCUGUCUGUAUGAGUCAGCAGUGAAACAUGGAGUCAUCUCUCUAGAGAGGAAAACGGAUAACUGCAGCUGGGAAAAACAACUGUCGGACUCUUACGUAGACCUUGGGAUCAAGAGGUCCAACUGGAAAAAUGGCCGACUUCACAGUACUCCACUGGUGGAGGUGUCUGAGGCCAGCCCCCAGCGGUCCGGGGAAAAGGAUGAUUGGGCUGUGAGGGAGCUGAGGGCGGAGCUCCAGCGCUGUUUGGCCAGUCUGAAGGGGAAGAGACAGAGGAUCGACCUGCUGCAGGAGGAGCUGAGAGAAGCACAAGGACAGGUGAGGAAUUCCACGACUAACCUCAAGGUGGGCCAGCUACAGACUCAGCUGGACCAGGCCAAGACCAUCACCACAGCAGAAACCCCUUUGGGGAAUCCAGCAUCACAGAAUGAGCUCUCCAAACUAGAGGAGGACCGGCAGCGUCUGCAAGAACAUGUUGAGAUCUUAGAGAAUAGGAACGCUGAGCUGAAGCAGAGCGAAGAGAAAGUGAAGGCUGCCAACUUGGAGCUGUGCACCAAGAUGAGAGAGAUGAUUCAGGAGCUGGACCAGGAGAAGCAGGAGGCUGCAGAGAGGCACGAGCGGACCCAGCAGCAGUUCAGAGAUGACGUGGUGAACCGGGUCCGCUCUGACCUGGCCCGGGAGCACACGGCGCAGGUGGAGCACCUCACGGCGGAAAACCAGCAACACCUCCAGUUGCUGCAAGCCAAGGUGACCGAGGUGAAUGAGGAGAUGCUGGCCGUGCAGGAGUGUUACAUCUCCGUCUGCAAGGAGAAAGACCGACUGGAGGAAAACCUGCGGGCCACAAAAGUGGAGGAGGAGAAACGGAGGGAGAACGAGCUGAAGACUAGAGAGGAGAGCAGAGCUGCCUUGGAGAAGCUGAGGGCUGACCUGGAGGCCGAGAACCAGGUGGCGUUGACCCAGCUCCGAGCCCAGUGGGCCAAGGAGAAGGACGCAGAACUGGAACGUCUGGUCCAAACCCAGCUGGCUGUGGCAGGGUCCAACUGGAGAAAGGAAAAGGAGAAGGCAGAGAGGUCCUGGGCUCUGAGGUUGGAGGAAGCCGUCGCAGAAGCCAGGAGACAGAGAGCCACAAACACCAAGGACUCCUCCUCCCAGACAUCCAGCCCUGAGGAGGAGAAGGCAUGUCAGACACUCAGCCCUGAGGAGGAGAAGGCAUGUCAGACACUCAGCCCUGGGGAGGAGAUGGCAUGUCAGACACUCAGCCCUGGGGAGGAGAUGGCAUGUCAGACACUCAGCCCUGGGGAGCCCAAGGCUGGCCUGGUCUUCAGUAGGGAGGAGCUGGAGGCCAGACUCGGGGAACAGAGGCUCCAGCUGAAGCAGGAGGCAGAUGUGGCUCAAUGCAGAGCAGUGGAGGAUGCUGGGAAGCGUGUCCAGAGAGAACUACAGGAAAAACACUUGGAGGACAUGGCGCGACAGGUUGAGGGAGCGGUAACCAGAGCCUACUGCCGUUGGCUGGAGGACCUCACUUCUCUGCCACAGUAUAAAGCUGCUCUCCAGAGAGAACGGGAGCGAUGGGAGAAGGAACAAGAGCCACAUCUUCAACAGAGGGUGUCCCUGGCCUUGAGGGCAGCAGAAGAGCAGUGGCUGGAGGAGAGGCAUAGGAGCAGGGAGGGGGAGAAGGAGGCAGAAGGAGACCAUAGGGUUGAGGAGCUCCAAGAGGAGGUGCUGCGUUGGAGGCAGCUGGAGGAGGACCUGAAGGAAGAGGUGGAGGAGGUGGCACAUCUGCAGAGCCAGGUCGACGAUCUGCAGAGCCUGUUGGACCAUGAGAGGGUGCAGAAAGCUACCCUCCUCAAGGCGGAGCUAGCCGCAGCCCGGGCAUCCUGGAACAGAGACAAGCAGCAGGAGAUCUCCACCCUGCAGGCCUUCCAGCAGGAGCAGCUAAGACGGGCCCAGGAGAAGGCACAAGAGGCUAAGGAGGAGGUGCAGAAGUUGGCUCGAGAGGAGGCGGAGCGCAUGAGCAAAGAGCUCCUCCAGAAGGAGGCUGAGUUGAAACAGGCUCUGAGGAGCCGAGAGGAGGAGUGGAGAUGUCUGGAGGAGAGCAGGGGCCAGGAACAGAGGAAACGGGGCAGAGAAGAGGCAUGGUCCGAGGUGCUUCAGGAGUUUCAUGUUGGGCUGAAGGAGGUGCAGGCUGUUCUCCUCAACGGCGGGCCUUACAAAGAGAAGAAUAAAGUCGGGGAGGUGGAUGGGAGGAGGCCCAGUGGAAGUGUUAAAGAUCUCCUCAUGUCCACCUGUAAAGAUCUCCUUUCUGAAGCUGUAACCAAGGCCAAAAAGGACUGGAAGAAGGUCAGUGAGGAGAGGCUUGGCCGUUUGCUGAAAGACACUCAGGAGCGGCAUAAGAAAGAAAUCGAAUGCAUUAAGAACUCCCCUGUUCAGAAGAGUGAUGGCGGUGUCUGUGGAGAGCAGUGUGCUGAGACGCGGGCCAAACUGCAGAAGAAGAGUCAGGAUCUCCAGAAGCAUUUGGAAAAGGCCUGCAGGCAGCUACAGGCUGCUGUGAAGGAGCACAAGGCCUCCAUGCGGAGACUCAAAGAAGACCAUGAGAUUGCCCUCCGGCGGGAGAAAGAGGACAGUCUGCAAAAACUUGAGGAAGUGAAAAGAUCUGCAGCCAAAGGGCACUCUGGAGUUUCAGAUGUUGACCAGAGUCUCCACGCUGGUCUGGAAGAGAUGAAGGGACAGUACCUGAAGGCUGUUGAGAAGAUCAGAGGUGACAUGCUGCGCUACCUCCAGGAGAGUAAGGAGCGUGCUGCGGAGAUGAUCCGUGUGGAGGUGCUGAGAGAAAGACAGGACACGGCCCGGAAGAUGAGGCGCUACUACCUCGCCUGUCUACAGGAGCUGCUGGAGGAUGGUGGACAGGCCACUGGCGCUGAGAAGAAGAUCAUUAACGCUGCGAGCAAGCUGGCCGCCAUGGCCAAAGUCCUGGAGACCCCUACGAAGAGAGAGACUGGAAAGAGCUACAGUUUACCCCUAGCCACAGGGUUGUCAUUGAAGACGCAUGCAUCUACUGCCUCAAGUCGAACCCGCCAAUCCGGUUCUGCUUCUAGCCAAACCCAACAAUCUGCAGCUAUUGAUCCUCCGGAGACCUCCAGGAAUGGUGCAGGUGAGGGGAGGGGCCUGACAUGGUGCUCUGCGGACCCAGCUGCAGCAGAGAAAGCCUCUCCGUCUAGGAGGCCCAUUCAGGACCGCCUGACCAAUGAAAGGGAAAAAGUAGCCCCUGCAGAUACUGCAGGGCAACCCCAUCUCCCCCCUCCGGGACACUUCCUCUCACUUCCUCACAGACCCUCACACCAGAUUGGUCAGAACUCCACACUUGCCUCUUAUCACGGGGAUUUUACUAAUGUUACUUUGAGGAACCAGAGCAGCAGGGAGCUGUACCUGGAGGGGGUGGAGUCUGGGAGAUCAGAUGAUGACAACUUCCUGUGUCACCGCAGUAACUCUAAACCGUUCCUGAUCCAGGAAGAGCAUCCUGUCAGGGAUGAGAGACGAUCGAAUGACUGGAGUCUGUCAAAUGACGGGUGCCAAGAUGGCCCACGAGUCCUUGCAGGUUCCUCUUACCCAGGUAGAAAAAUGGAUACUGUGAAGUCAUUCCCCCUGUGUGCACCUUCUUCCACCGAUAACCUGGGUAGAUUCGGUUGCUAUUCUGGAAGCCUAACCGUUGACAACUCUGACAUUACUGUUUACAAAGACAUGGUCAAUGUCAAUAUUCAGUCUUGUACCAAAGCCUUGACUUUCCCCAGUGUCCCACCUCAGAGCAACGACUUGACUCAGUCUGUUCCCGGUAUGACAACACUGAGUGGUAGAUCUGCUCACAGAUAUCCUGUCCCAGGCUCUGAGGGGGGCAGGCAGGAUCCGUUCCAGAACAGACUGGGUUCUAAGAGUCAGUUCUCUGAAUUAAAGCUGAGCCAACAGCCGGACAGUGGUUUUGAGAGUCCAUUCUCUCAACAGAAAUAAAUGAAUGGAUUGGAGUAAGAAGAUUACAGAAUAUUUCAGAAGCCAUGAAUGUGUGUGUGUGUGGCUGAGGUAAUCAUAAUUUAGCAGAAAUGUUCUGAAGUAUUUAGUGAAUGUGUCCUCAAGGACCAAUGGCUGUCUAGGUUGUGGUGUGCAGUGAAUGUGCCUUAAAAAAUACAAGAACUUUGAAGUCUUGUGAGAGACGGGCUUUUAUUCAUUAAUCAGGGACUUCACCAGACCCUUUAGCCUUGAGUAUUUUUAAAGUUUUGUAAUGGCCCUGUCAGUAACUAGCAAUUUUCUACAACACAAAAGUUCUGUGUUCUUUUAAUGCAUAUAAAUUCUGAUGGAUUUUAAGUUUUUUAUUUCUAAAUUAAACAACUUUAUAUCAA